CCAGGCCGUGCCUAUAAGGAGCGAGGCGCUUUGUGAGAGGAAGGGUUGUUUGUGUUCAUUAGCCCCUGCGAUGGGCCACGGGAAGGGCUCCCCCGCGCACACAAGCAAAGAUGGCUUACAUCCUCAGUCGUCAACCAGAUGCACCAGCGGAGCGUGCCUUCCAAACAGUGCCCUCGAGGCCGGAUGCGCCGAUGGCAACGCGCAGCGUGCACCUGCGGCGCCGCACGCAUCAGCUUGCGUAACCAUGAUGCCCUACGGAUCAUCGUCAGGAUCUGACGUUUUGGCAGAGGCGACACCCCCCGUCUGCCGCACGGAGGUGGCCUCGCCAGGGCCACCCGCCCCAGGCGGCGCAGGCAACAGCGCAGCGCAGGACGCAGACUGCGGGGGAAGCUGUGGGACCGAGGAGGAGAUUAAGGGGGAGGCGGACUGCGCCUCGGCGGACCUGACGCAAGAUGACACGACGACCAGCAGCACCACCGCCACAGAUGCCACGUCCGCCGACGGCAGCCUCUCUGAGAGCGAGCCUCUCACACCCACAACACCACUGCAGCUCUCGGUGCCGCUGCUGCCGCCUGCAGAAGACCCCAACCGCAUGACGCUCGUGCUGGACCUAGACGGGACGCUCAUUGCCAGCGAGGACGAGCCGCACGCGCCGGUGCCGUUCGACUAUUGCGUGGACGAGGAGCGGUUCGUUUGGCUGCGCCCCGGGCUGAGGCGCUUCCUGGAGUCCGUGCGCCCCAUGUUCGAGGUCGUACUGUUCACGGCGGCAGGCGAGAGCUGGGCGACUUGCGCGAUGCAGCGCAUUGACCCGGACGGCCGCAUCUUUGAUACCAGGCUGUACCGCGACCACACCGUGUCGCACGACGACUGGCCCUGGGUGAAGGACCUGUCCCGCCUGGGCCGCGACCUCGCGCGCGUGGUGAUCGUGGACGACAACCCGCUCAUGUUCAUGUACCAGCCCGACAACGCGCUGCACGUGGCGCCGUACGACCCACAGGUGACGGGCCACCGCGACGACGUGCUGGAGCAGGUGUUGGACGUGCUCAUGCACAAGGUGCUUCCGGCAGACGACGUGCGCGAGGUGCUGAAGCACAUGAAGGACCCCAUCUCGCCCUCCUGCGUCUCGUCCCGCCGGCACGUGGCGGCCAAGGCGACGCCGGGCGCAUCCGGCAUGGCCGCCCUUAAGUCCUUCCUGCGCAUGAACCAGGCCGUGGGCAGCAGCUCUACCGGCUGCAGCAGCAGUAGCACCCAGCAGGCUGCUGGGGCCUCCUCUCGCCACCGCGGCGGCGCCAGCCAGGGCGAGUCAGCGGCGCCGCGAGGCGCCGAGUGGCAAACCGGUACCGGACCUGCCGGGCAGCCAGGGAGCAGCCGCCGCGGCCGUCGGUCGCGGCGCGGUGGCAAGGAUGGUCAGGCCCAAAGCCAACAGCUGCCGCAACAUCAGCAAUCGCUGUCAUUGGGGAUGCAAGCGCAAGACCAAGGGCAGCAAGCCGCAGCUGGCGGCAGAGGCGGUCGGCGCAAGCGCCGGUCUCGGUCGCAGAGGCAGGCGGCCAAGGUCGACGACACAGCCGCCGCUGCGCAAGCGCUGGCGGCGCAGUCGCAGACGCAUAAGCAGGCGCAGAACGCCAGCCGCCGUGCUGUUGCGGUCGCGCAAAAGACGGCCAGCACCGCGCUGCAGCAACCCGACAAACAGCUGCACCUCAAGCUGCGGCUGCUGCAGCUGCAGCGCGAGCAGGAGGCGGAGGAGGCGAGCGUCGAGCUGCCCGGCGCCGACGCAGCGGCGCCAUGCGCCGGCGGAGCAGGCGCAGCGGCCCUCGCCUCUGCGCCCCUUGGCGUGCGUGUCUGCGCGGCACUGGCGGCCAUUGCCAAGGACGAGGACGAGGACAACGUGCUGGAGGGCACCAUUCGCGGCGGCCGCACGGUCGUUGGCCGCGUGCCGGUGGUCCAAGGACCGGCGGUGUCAUCUGAGCCCAACGGCGCGGUAGCGGAGCCGCAGCAGGAGGCCACGGCGCCAGCACCGCAGGCGGCACGGCAGGCGCGGCAGCCGCCCAUGGCCACGCCGCUGCCGAUGCCGUCGGCGUGGGGCCGCCCACCGCACCGGCCGUGGGGCGUGGCGCCUUCCGCAGCGCCCUCCGCGGCCGGGUCGCCGGAGCGAUCCACGGCGCUUUCAAGCUCCGUUGGUGGUGCGCCGAUUUCGGGAGCGGCUGCGCCGGGCUCGGCAUUGCCGCUCAACUACGCCGCGGUCGUCAGUGCUGGCCGGUCGACUGGCCACAGCGCUCAGGUCUCGGUGCAGGCUGCGGUAUGCACAACAUCGGUGCGCGCUUGUUCAGCAAUGGAUGCGCCAGCUGGGGUUGAUUCCUCUGCAGGGUGCGACGAGGUCAGCAGCCUCCGUCGUCGGAGCCGCGGGCGGCGCGGGCGGCGAGGCCGGAAGACGCCUGCUGGUGCGGACUCCGCGGAGGCAGCAGAGCAGCUUAGCGCGUAGUACUCAUGGCUUCUUUCCAGCAGGUGUUUGCGUGUGGUAGUGUGAUCACCAGCAGCUAGGUGUUGAGUUGGGUAUUUAUGCUAGGUAGGGUAUUUUGAAUCGUGUCAUGGCUCAUUACUAAAGCAGCCGUGCCGCCCCUUAUCGCUUGUAUUCCUGUUCAUACAUCCUUACGGCAGUCAUCUUGAUCUGCACCCCUACGUGACGUGUACGCUACCGAUUACUUGGCUCUCACCCGUGCUCAUCGAUGACAAGGGAAGCACCAUCCGCAGUGUAGGCCUAGUACGGCGAGCCUUAAGCGUAGCUUGCCGGGUAGGUAGCUAAUUGACCCGAACAACUACCGGCAUGGAGUAUGUGCGGUCCCCCUGUGAAGGAGUCAAAGGAGUGUGUGGCAGUGAAGUGCCAAAGGGCAAAGCCCGCCAAGCCUGUUUGGCGUCGCUACAUGCAGAUGACAAGCAUUGUUGCGUGCGGGAUUGCGGUAUGGAUGGACAGGCUGUAGUGAGAGUGAGAUGCGUACCGUACAGAGGAGAUGGAGGAGUAGAGAGUGCUAUAGCCAGUGCUACAUGCGUUAUUGGAGGUUCUCAUAUGGAGCGGUGAGGUGUUGGCGUGAUUGCAUAUGUAAUCCGCGGGCAGGGGCACCCCUGAUCGCGGGGAUUCACUAAGAAUUGGAGUGUUUCAGACGGGAGAGAGGGUCAUGUCGUGGCGCAGGAUCAAAGUUAGACCCAUUCAAUAGGCCAGAUGAACAGGUUGCAAAACGGAAGGCUGAUCAGGCACAUGGGAGGCCCGCCGUGGAGGCCCACGUGUUUCAAGUAAUGCGGUUGGUUUGGAGCUUGCCCUUAUUCCUUCAUGGCCAUGACAGGCCAGGCCCAGGCGAAGGUGCAGACUGUCAUUGGCAGAAGCGACGCCCUGUCUGUAAAAUGUGGCCUUA